AUGGGUUGCAUAUUUAGUAAAACGACCACGGGGAUUCCAACGGUAAAUGGUUCCGUUAAAAAAAGUUCACCUCAGAAUAUUAAAUACACUCAAGAACAAGAUACUUGCACUCAAAUGCCAUCAUCGAUGUUAUUCGAACAGCAAACGAAUAAAAAAGUUAAAGAUGAAGGGCGACCAUCGAAGUCAAAUACAUCAACUACACAACCACAGAUCAAUGAAACGCCAGUCUCAUAUAAUAUCAGACAAGCAACCACAGCACUUGUCACAACUGACAAUAGACCAAUGUCAACUGACUCAACGAAAUCGAUCGUUCAUCAAAAAAUGAUUGUUUCUAAUACGGCAUUAAAUCGAUUACAUAAACUAAAAAGCCAUCAGGAUAUAGAUAGUAUUAGCUCAAUAUCGGCCAAAUUGCAUAAUUUAGUUCAAUUUCGAAAAACUCGUAACGAUGUCGUCGUUGAGUCAUUCAUAUCAAACAAUUCGGAAGAUAUUGUUCCCAAUGACACACCAAGUGAGUCAAAUUCUCAUACUAACGAUGCUACCAGUUCGUCAUCAUUCUUGAGCAAUACUGAAAAGGCAGCUAUGCGACAAGAGGCUUUGAUUAGAUUUAUGUCCGCAAAAUCAAAACAUAAUAGUGCUCAUCUGAAAUUAUCAUUAAAUGAUAACUCCAUUGAUUCAGAUGAAUCCUUUCCAAUUUAUAAAAGUAUCAGUAGUUCAACAGCAUCAAAUGGCGAAGAUUCAUUGAUCCAACAAGAAAUCACCGAUCAAGCUACAAUGGUCGAUAGACUUCCAAUGGAAGGUCAACAAGAAGUUAUUACUAAUGGCAAAUCCAACCAGUCAGAUACGGCAGACUUAAAUUUCGGCACGAAAAAUAAUCCUAGAUCAAAUGACAAAGAAACAAUUUCAGUACCUCGAAUAUCAGUGAUAAAAUCUCUAUCUCCUCGUGUCGUGAUCGAGUCGAAUAUUCAAAAACAAACAAUUGUUUACGAAGUUUCAAGCGAUCCUGAUGAUGUCUAG